AUGAAUUCGUACUAUCCAGCAUCGUUUUUUGCACAGUACUCUUCGGAAAAUUCACAUAUUCCUCACAAUGUUGGUUACUCGUCAAACAAUUUUGGAUUACUAGCAUCACGUUUUGCCGAUCAAAUUUCGGCAUAUCACAAUAGCAGUUUUGAUCCCCAUCGUGCCACUCUACCAAAUGGAUACUCACCUCACCACCAAUCCGCGGACGGUUCCCAUUACCCCUCCCGGGACGGAUCGGGCGGGGGAACAGGGUCAGGUGGAGGAGGAGGGGGAGCGUCGGAACAGCCCGGGCAUGGGGUAGGACACGGACACGGAACAACACCCCCGGGCGGGGGUCGGAUACCGCCUUACCCUCAACCAGCCCCAGCACACCAGGGCUCGGAGGACUCAAGUUUGCAUAGGUCGUACAGUUCGUGUAGUACAGACAAUUGGAGUCCCCCUCCGCACGGGGGGAUACAGAGCAGCUCUCCGGACUCCGUACAUAAUAGUCAGACACAUAGUCCCUACUCUGGCCUGGACGCUUCAGCAAACUGUCAGUCUAUGUUGCUACAAAAACACAUGAAGUCGGACCAAGGCCUAAAUUCGGGAUCUGAAGCAAGCCCCUCAACGCCUUUUUAUCCCUGGAUGGGGAUUGUUGGUCCUAACUCAGCACAUAGAAGAAGAGGACGUCAGACAUACAGCCGAUACCAAACACUUGAACUGGAAAAAGAAUUCCAAUUCAACCACUAUCUAACACGAAAAAGGCGUAUAGAGGUCGCCCAUUCAUUAUGUCUUACAGAAAGACAAAUCAAGAUCUGGUUUCAAAACAGACGCAUGAAAUUAAAAAAGGAAAAAAUGGCCAUAAAAGAACUAAAUGAAGGCAUCCCGUGCGAUUUGGACACGAAAAAAUCAGACUUUAAGGAGACAGAAGAAAAAAGCGAUGGAAUAGGUAGUGACGAUUCCCCAUAAUCCUUUUAACUAAAGCGAGAAUCUUCGGCAACGAGAAUAAUACAAAAUACUGUUUAACAUAUUUCCUUUGCGCCAGGAGCGUGAAACACGGGUUUUGAAUCAUCGUCAACUCUUGCCGAUUACAUGAUCUGCAUUCUUUUCGUCAUGAACAUGUUGUGUGUUGUUUAAUUUAUUCAAAGAAGAACGUACGAGUGUGCAUCAUGUCUAUAAGAAUACGGCGAAUGAUUUGACUCGACAUAAAUGAGA